GCAUUGGGAGCUGGUGGCCGUGUUGCCUAUUUUCCAAAUAAAUUAAAAAAGUAAAGCAUUGGCGGAGAUAAAUUAUAGGUUAGGUACCUACAUAUACCUGUCUUUUUAUUACGUUAGUAGGUAUUAUAACUCCAAAAGGAGGAAUGAAUACUGUUUGUUUAUUUAACCUAUAAUAAACAUAUAAUGUAGAUAUGGGUAAAUUAAGCCUGCGGCUCUACGAUACAUACUGAGUACAUACUACAUACACUACUAUACAAACAAUAACAUUAAACCAUUUAUAAUAUUAAAUUCUAAUAAACGUCAAUAUUAAUAAAUUGGAAACAUCAAGCUAUGACAAACGAAUCAACGAUAAUCCAAACAACCAUAGGCCCGAUGAACUCAAAUCCAUUGUACCGCAACACAACAAAUAAUUCCAUUAUACUUAACCACAAUGUUAAAAGUCUGUAUGACAAUAGGUCUACGUAAAUGUUUCCGCUAAUGUGGACCUGCCUUGUUGCACAGUUGAACGGUGAACACUCCGGUUUCCCGCGCUUUGAGAGUGGCUGUUUGGUUCGGUCAUCGCCGCGUAUUUAAAAAGUUAACGUUCGGAAAUUAAAAGAAUGAAAUAAUUGUGUUUUUUUAUUUUCUUAUUUGUGGUUGUGAUGUUGUGGUGUUAAUUUAGCUCAAGUUAAAGCGAUGGGGUCAGGCGCAUCUGUGGCGGUGGACACGCCUGGUGGGGACCUCCGCCUACCAACCUCGGGUCUGAAGUUCAACAUCAACCAGCUGAGAGCGCUCAACGGCUACGUUGACUCCCUCUAUGAUGACGACCAGAAAGACCGAAUGUCGAGCGAGAUGGAGAGUGCAGUAGAGAGCUUAGUCCAGAGGAUAGUGGACGGUGCUGGGCAGCGUGACCCGAGGUUCCGAUGCUGCCAUCUCAUCGCAUUGCACAGAGGCAAGAAGAUGCGUUCCCGUUCUCUGGAAUACCUGGUGACCCUCGACUCUUUGUCAGUCCUAAAUGAUGGGAACGAAGACUGCUGUCUCCAAGAGGGACCAACAGGGUACGGCAGAGUGCGCCUCACAGGCAAGGAGGCUGAGAAGUGGGAGGAGUUUUUAACGCCUUCAGGAUAUUUGUGCAGAGACAAAGUCCUAGAACGAUGGGUGGAGCUGAUAGCGCGCUGCGCGCACGCCCGCGGUGGUGGCGGCUCACGUGUGCUCUGCGCAAGAGCGGCUGCGCGUGCACAUCCGCACAAGUACUGCUACUUAGAGAGAGCGUCCCCUCCCCAAGCCCUGACCGACCGCCGUCUAGCCAUCGUGGAAGGCGCAGCAUGGGUGAUGGUCCGUGUCGGUGCCGGCGAAGCUGAAGCCAAGCUCGUGCUGGGAGCGAGAGUCGGGGGCGUGAGCGCGGCCGCUUAUACGUGCCGAGUGCCGCUUACAAGCCCUUUGGCACUCCUACAUUACACAGCAGCAAACCAGGGUUACUACGCAACGGCAGUAGGCCCGCCGUCAAACAUGACGUGCGUCGAACGAGCAGCUACCUGGCAACUAUGGCACCCUUCGUUGGAAGCAACCCUGGAUGCUCACUUCUCAGAACUGUCCACCAUAGCCAGGGUAACUGGUGCCCUCAAUUCACUGCUGGACAAGAUGAGGGAAGGGAUAUAUCAGGGUUCCCUCCGCGGUGUGAGCCGCUACAUGGCGCAGUGCGCGCUGCGCCGGCGCGUGGAUCGCUGCGCGGCGCACAGUCAGGCCGCCGCGCGAUUGAUUGCCCAAACUCAUGCGUCACAUCAUCUGCUCUUGGUUUUGGACUCGUUGUUAGCAGUAUGUGAACGAGGAACAACAGCAGGCUACGUUUAUCCCGUAGACCGAGCGGCGUUGGUCAGACGAGGGGCACGCGGCGCGGACUGGGCCGCCGAUGCAGCUACGAUUCGACGGUGUCUCAUGGACUUGCAUCGUCUGCCUGGGUCCGAAGACACCGUACUCACGUCCUCCGAGUCCCUGGAAUCGGUGUUAUUUUCUCGCUGGGAGCAUAUGAACAGAGUUCCAAAGCCAUCGACUGGGCUCCCGAGCUUCACUAGACGGCAACUGAUGUAUCUGUGGAGAGUCGCCAGCGAGUUGGUGACUUGUAAGAACAUGGUGGUUUGUGAAAACCACAGCACAUUCCGCGCCAACUUGCUCCAAGUGACCUCUCAACAUGAAAACAUCGAGCAGCUGAUCCACAUUCUGGCGAUCAUGCUCGAUCAAGCACGAGACCUAUAUUUGAACAAUAUCGAGACUAGAAGUCUGGGAGAGUUCGACAGAGACACUUCCACUUACAGGUCAAAGAAAUGGAACAAGCUAAAGGACUACUACGAUGCGUCUUCAGCGUGUUUGAUCGACGCAGUCAGACGGGAUCCGGAGCUACGGACAGAGAAUUUGGACGACGAGCUUAAUGUCAUGAGAAAUGUGCUCAACUGGCUUUAUAAAGGUGUCAAAGACGAUAAGAAAUACCUCAGCCCAGUCCUUAAGCCCUACCUCGAUACUCUCUUUACCGGUUCACUCGAAAACUCCUGGUUCCUCGAAGAGUUUGACGCUAAGAAGAGUGAAUUAGAGUUUCAAGGACUCAAGGAGUACUGUACUGGUGUCCAUGAUGGGGUGAUUGAGCCCUGUCUUGGGCUGUUGGAUGCAGCUAAGAAGCUAGCGUGGGCCAAGGCUAUGGUGGAUUUCGUGGACAGAUAUAAGCAUAUCGAAUUUAGACUCGUCUUCCCAACUGGCGAGGGCAUGGCGGUAUCGUAUCCAAUGAAACUUCCAAGUCGAAGAGAACACAGUGCCGCUAGAGAACUCACACUAAGCCGGAGGGAUAAGUGCGAGGCAAAGCUGCGGUUAGCUCGACGGAGUGUGCUUGGGGCCUUUACUACAGCCCUUGUUGGAGACAAACGCACAAAACAGCAUAUAAGCCGGCACGGCAGCUCUGAUGAAAUCCUGGCCAGCGUGAAGAAAGGAAACUAUUGGAGGAACAAUACCAAGCCUGAUGUCAUCCCCUCUACCUCCGUCCAAGAUCUGGUUUCCAUAGACACCCUUCCAAAAGCACGGCGAAGAUCCCGUCGAAAUCGACCAGCUACAGCCUACGGUUUCCCAGAAAUCUCCAUCACCAACCAAUCCGACACCAAAACUAUGCGGCGCAAAUACCACACCCUGAAGAACCUGGUGUAUUCAGAGCCGAUGGAAAAUAUUAAGGAGUUGAGGAGAAGACCGAGGUCUGCAGGGUCUACUGUGAGGAAUAAGGAGGCGCUCAGUAGGCCUAGUUUGAUGGAGACGCUGGAUUUUAUUAACAGCGUCAAGGAUGCGCUUUGUGUGGAAGAAUCCGGCACUUCAGAUGCUGAGGAUACAGGAUGGUCUUUAAGCGACGAGUGGCUGGUGGGGCAGACGGCGCCGCUAGCUAUGACGGCGACGCGCUGCGGCUGUCGCGCGUUACAUGCCGCGCUCGCCGACCUGCUGCCGGCUUUGCUGCUGCGGCGGCACUUUACUGUACUACAGGAGCUGUGCUCGUGGCUGGGUGAAUCCAGCGAAGGAGCUCUAUUCGCACUCCAUCGGCUGGCGAGAGCUGCUCGCUCUAGAAGCAGCGAGAGGAUCGCCAAUUCCUGGAAGCUUCCCGAGCUCGAAGGAACGACAGAGGCUCCACAGACCUACCGAGCCAGGCCUCCAGAUUACGUGUCAGGGGAUGAGGCGCCGCAGCCUCCGCCACUGCCUAGAAGAUCUAGUAGAGACAAACAGUUCACAAAGCGCUAUACCGAAUACCUCUCACCCAAGCUAGAAGCCCUAGAAACCCACCUCACCCAGCUAGAGCUAGCCACUCGUCAGAACACCUAUACGGGCGUGCUGAAUCCCGUAUACGACGGGAAGAUACGGGACAAGUUCAACGUGAAGAGGUCCAAGUCGCUGGGCCGGAGCUUCAGCAAGACCAAGACGGGACUGGAGAUCAACAGGUACAACAUCACACUUAGCCGCCGUUCCGGCGAGAGGACCAACGACGUCUUGUCAGCAAUCGCGGGCACAACAGACACCGGCUUAGGGUACAAGGGCAAUUUCUUCCAGCGAUACAACGCUAGUGUCGUCGGCGACUCGUACAAGACGAGCAGGGUUACGAUAGAUUAAGUUUUGAUUUUGAUCAUCAUCGUAGUUAAUUAUUUUAGCCUCUUAUCGUUCGUUUCUGAGCAUAGAAUUUUCUUCCUAUGCAUCACUUAUCC